AUGAAACGACCCCAUGACAAGCUUUGCCAUCUACUGGUGGUGGUAGAGAAAAACUUGUACACCAUUGUGUCCUGUUCUCCUAAAGAAUAUGUUUUACUGGAAAAGUCAGAGGAAGAAAGUGUGGAGAAAUUAAGAGCAGGCGAGGAUAAUAGUGUAGAGAUUCGUGGGCCUUCAAGGAAGAGCACGUGGCCCACACAUGUGGCCACGUCAUCCAUAAACAUGGGUAAACAUGGGUACUUCCUUUUGUCCUUGUUCAACUAA